AUGAACCUUUCAUUUUAUUCUCUCAGUUAUUAUAAAAAUUUAGAUGGUAAGUAUCUCUUAGAAAUAUGGAACUAUAGGACAUGCUCGUCUCCUCCGCUGCCACCUGCUGCGGCCGGCGUCCACGCUGCACACAGCACGGCUGGCAAAGCCCACAGGCCAAGUGCUGAGGAGAAGUACCAGCUGCUGUCAGACCUGCGGGCCAUGGGGUGGAACGAGCCGGAAGGCCAGGAUGUCACCUUCCAGCAGUUCCAUUUCAAAGACUUCCGUAGGGCUAUUGGCUUCGUGAUGAGAGUGGCCCUGCAGGCUGAGAAACUGGACCACCAGCCUGAAUGGUUUAACGUUUACGACAAGGCCCACAUCACCCUGAGCACUCACGCGUGUGUGGGCCUUUCAGAACUGGACAUAAAUCUGGCCAGCUUCAUCGAGCAGGUAGCAGUGUCCGUGACAUAG